AUGGAGUCGAUCAGCGCCGCACUGCACUCGUAUAUCCGAGGCUACGACAAAGAUAGGCUUUCUAGAGAACUCGAGCGAGCGGAAGGUCCCGUAGAUAUAGGGCUGGUUCAGUUCCAGGCGUCAGACUAUCUCCAACAACUCGAAUGUUGCAAUCUGUUGUGGGUAAUUAGGGGGCUGAUUACCGAGCUUUCAGCGUCUUUGGGCGAUGAGGUGGUAUUUGACAGUGCUGUGAGCAACUAUAAGAAAUUGCUGAGUAAGGUCAAGGAUUUAAAGGAGAUGAUAGCCGGCGAAGCGAUAAUAUUGACCGAGAUCAACAAGCAAGCACAGGCUUUUGGGGUGAAAUUAAAGCAGGAGAUGGUCUCGCUUCUUUCAAACUAUAUCAAUUUCAGGAAUGACUCCCUGCAGUACAAUAACAAACACAAUGAUCUGACUUUCCUGGACUAUCUUAGUUGGAGCUACGAAUUUUGCACCUUAACCGAGGACGAGUUCAUGCACUAUUUUGGCUUCAAUAAGCUUUUUGGCAAAAUACUAUCUUCGAACAUGGGUCGGGCAAACAAGCUUUCGUAUGAUGGAGAACAGAUAGUUCUUGAAUUCGGCAGCCAGACAACGUUUUCUGGGUUUCUUCAGAGCGUCGAAAAUAUUAUUAAUUUCUUCAACCUGUUCAUGGACCACAAUAGAAACGGUGAAAAGAAUCAUCUUGGAGCAAUCAAAUUGAACGUGUCUAAACUUCUUAUGGCAGCACUAAAACAGCGCAUGUUCGACUCUGAGAACAUAUAUUCGCUAAUCUUGAGCAAAUACGGGGCCGGCGACAGCAAGACAAUUGGCCAGUUGCAGGUCAUAUCCGAGCUUUUAACUCAGGAUGGGUGGUCAAGAGACGGUUCCUGUGAUCUGGAGUUCUGGAUUGACGAUCUAGUCAGCUACUGGGUGGAGACGCUGGUGGACAAAAAGAUUGAUGAAAUAAAGGAAAUGGCCAUCAGUGGAGAACUCGGAAACCUUGAAAAAGAAGAGCUAUGUGAGAAAGAUGCAGAACCGGCAGACGAAGACGAUUGGAACGACGAAUGGGACAAGGACUGGGAUGAGAAUCCAGAAACACCAGAAAGCCCAAAUAAGGUCGCAGAGGAAGACGGCUGGGACGCAUGGAAUGAGGACUGGAAGGAUGACAAAAACGAUCUGGGCGUCAAGUCCAUCUCAACAAACAGCAAGUCGUCGAACGUUUCGGCCACAGUGAAAUACUCCAGUGUUUGCAGUUGGAUGAAAAAUUUGGUGGCAGAUUAUUACAACAACUACGAGCAGCUAAGGUCGAAGGCUCAGUCUGUGGAAAAUGCAGAACAUUUGUUCAAACUCAAUAUCAAAAAGCUUGUGAUGUGCUAUUUCAUGGUGGUGAGCGAGUCGUACAGUGGUUGGGUCUCGUUUUACACCGAUUACUCCAAAGUCAUCGACGAUCUGGCUGUCAAGUACUCUGUUAACCUUGAGUCCUGCUACGCCUUAAAACAGAGGUUCCGUAUACAACAUGUCCAGCAAUACCUGGAGACGAUAUUCAAAACUAUCCGUCCGCACGAGGAUGUUUUGUUCCAUGACAACAGCUACGAGAACAGUGUGCGUGAGCGCCACUCCAAGAGUCUGCUACGUGAGCUGGACAAGAUUUUUGGUGAAAUCAAUAAAGAAUACGUCAACGGAACGGGAGUGAACAACGUUCUGGUGCACGAGGUGGCCAGCUCGAUGGUCACCCAGGUCAGUGGUUAUCUGAGUCAGAUGCUUGUUUCGCGCUCCAACAUCGACUCUGACGAGUCCCAAAUUCUCUCUGACACACUGGCCGGCUUUUUGCGUCUCCUGGUGCCUUCUGAACUGCCAGAGCUUCGGAAACUGCAGAGCUACCAGAAACUAGAGCAGGUAAAGCUGGUGCUGGACUCUGGACUGCGCGAGAUCCUGGACAGUUUCUACGACGCGAAAUUCUUCGAGCUGGCCACAGACGAGCUGAUAGGACUGGUCAAGAGCCUAUUCGUGGACUCUUCGCUGCGCCAGAGCGUAAUUGACGAAAUUCUAGAAAUGAGAAAUAAUUGA